AAGGACUUUUAUUUUGUUCGGGCGAUGUGACGUCACAGGGCUGCGCCGCGCUCCUGCGUCUGUUUUGAUUCGGCUGAAGACAGAAAAACUCCUGCUGAGGUCCACACGCUGUUAUAAAGAUGGCGUUUAUUAAAGAGGAGAAUGAAGAAGUGAAGAUUGAAGAGGCAUUCAGAGUCAAAAAUGAAGAUACUGAUGAACAAACAGAGCUGAUAGUGCUGAAAGUGGAGAAUCAAGAACUGGAUGAAAUGGAAGAGAAACAUCAUGAUUUUGUAACUGCAGAACAGACAUCAUCAAGAGUUCAAACAACUGAAACCAUUAAUCACCACACAAUGAUUCACUCAAGUUUUAAAUGUCAUGAAUGUGGGGUGAAAUUCUAUAGCAGUAAACACCUUAACAGGCAUGCAAUAAUUCACUCCAAAGAAAAGCCUUUUAAAUGCCAGCAGUGUGAAAAGAGUUUUAAAAUCAUCAAAUACCUGAAGAAUCACAUGAAAAUUCACAGUGGACAAAAACCAUUCACAUGCACUCAGUGUGGAAAGUGUUUCGGUCAUAAAGUAAGCCUCAAGACUCACAUGAUUCUUCACACUGGAGAGAAGCCUUACACCUGCAGACUGUGUGGAAAGAGCUUCUCACAAAGCGGAAAUCUUCAAUAUCACAUGAGAGUUCACACUGGAGAGAAACGUUACACCUGCCCACACUGCCAAAAAAAAUUUGGUCACAAAGUCAGCCUCAAGACUCACCUGAGGAUUCACACCGGAGAGAGGCCUUACAAUUGCCAACAGUGUGACAAGAGUUUUGCACACAAAGAAUCCCUUGAAAUUCACAUGACAUUUCACACUGGAGAGAUGCCCUUCACCUGCCAGCUGUGCGGGAAGGGCUUCUCACAGAAAGGAAAUCUGAAGAGUCACGUAAGAGUUCACACUGGAGAGAGGCCUUAUAUCUGUUCUCACUGUGGAAAGAGUUUCACACUUAAAGGAAAUCUAAAGAUUCACAUGAGGCUUCACACUGGAGAGAAGCCGUACACAUGCUCUCAGUGUGAGAUGAGUUUCACGUAUCAAAGAGACCUGAAACGCCAUUUGCAAACUCAUUGCUCCUCAGAGUGAUGAGAUUUGAAAAAGGAGCAUUUUUGUGUGUGUGAGAGAGAUUUCAAAAUAUUGCAAUAAACAUCCUCUCAUUUCAA